GAACACAUCGCCGUCGAACCUUUGAACCGCCUUCUCCCCUCUCCGCAAUCCCUCCGAUGCUGCUCUCCGACGCGCACUCUCCCAGCUAGCAAGCAGUCAGGCCCCAGGAGCCGCCCGCGCCGUUGCUGUCCCGCCGUCUCCGCGCCGCAUCGCAUCGCAUCGCCGCCGAGGGCCCGCCGGCUCCGAACUCCGGACAUGAUGGCGAGCUGGACGUCUCUCCUCGUCGCCUACCUCGUGGGCGGCGUCACCUUCAUCCCGCUGGCCGUGGUUGCCGUUCUCGCCGUCGGCUUCUACGCCCUCCCCGAGCGCGGCCAUGCAGACGCGGCCCAGGCCGAUCGUGUUGACGAUAUUGUCUUACCCGGCGACGACACCACCGACCUCGAUGCCGCUAAGAAGGCCGCCAAAGACGGAGCCAAACCCCGCGCCAACAACGACCUCGACGUCGCCGCCGGCUAUUUUGCCGUGUGUCGUGAAUACACGCCCAUGGGAAUCAACGCGAAGCCCAUCGAGCGGUCCACCCCGGUCGGUUCGACUACGGUGGCCUCUCCGAGCCCCAGCGUCUAUCAGACCAUGUAUCGGAGCAUCUUCGAGCGGAAGCCCACCCCCGGGCCCCUGGACAACAGCCCCAACAACACCAGUGUUAGCCAGAGGCCCAAGAAGGCCGGCAACGUCUUCUACGUGGUCCUAAGACACGGCCACCUCAUGCUCUUUGACGACGAGGAGCAAGUCGAAGUUCGACACGUCAUAUCGCUUGCACACCACGAGCUCAGCAUCUACUCUGGCGGAGGAAGGACGCUCGAGGGCGAGCUGUUCAUCAAACGCAAUGCGCUGUGCUUGUCUAGGAAACAAAACAGCCCCGAUCUCAGCCCCGACAACCAAGUCUCCAAGCCCUUCUACCUGUUCUCGGAGAACUGCUCGGCCAAGGAGGAUUUCUAUUUUUCCCUCCUCAAGAACCAGGAACUGACCUUUGGUACCGACAAAAAGGGCCCUGUGCCAAUGCAAUUUGAUGUAAAGAACAUCAUUUCCCUUGUCCAAAAACUCCACUCCACCGAAGAAAACAUACACUCAAGGUGGAUCAAUGCGCUUCUGGGGCGAGUCUUCCUGGGAAUCUACAAAACGCGCGAUCUCGAAAACUUCAUCCGCGAAAAAUUGACCAUCAAGAUUUCUCGAGUCAAGCGCCCAUCUUUCCUCACCAAUGUCACCAUCCAAGAAGUAAAUACGGGCGAGUCGGCCCCGUACUUUACCAACCUGAAACUGAAGGACCUCACCGUCGAGGGCGAGUGUGUUGUCGAGGCCGAUGUCAAGUACACGGGCAACUUUCGAAUCGAGGUCGCAGCCACGGUCAAGAUUGACCUGGGGACCAGGUUCAAGGCUCGUGAGGUCAACCUAGUGCUUGCCGUGGUGCUCAAAAGGGCCGAGGGCCAUAUGCUCUUCAAGAUCAAGCCGCCACCCAGUAAUCGGGUGUGGUUUGCGUUCCAGACUAUGCCCAAAAUGGAGAUGGCCAUCGAGCCCAUUGUCAGCUCUAGGCAAAUCACCUACACCGUCAUUCUCCGGCAGAUAGAGAACCGCAUCAAGGAAGUAAUGGCCGAGACGUUUGUUCUGCCGUUCUGGGACGACGUGCCCUUCUUCAAAACUGAACACAAAGAGUGGAGGGGAGGCAUCUUCGAGGGCGAUGAUGCGACUGUCCCAUCCGAAGAAGCGGAGAUCGCUGCCGCGCAGGCUGGCAAUGUCGCAGCUGUACAUCAGCUCGAUGAGGGCUCAGACGUGGCCGAAGAGACUCGGCCCUUGGAGAAGAGUCAUACUAUACCCGUAAUGGAAUCACCGCCAGUCCCGACGGGACUAUUCGGUCGGAAGCUGAACAAGGCCCAGACCAAUUUGCCUGCAGCAUCCGCUUCCUCGACCAGUGUUGACUCCAAGGGAACGAGCCCCAGCCCUUCCCUUUCGCCCAAGAUUACCAGGAAGGCAACGGAGCCAAUUGUUGGGACCGACGCGGCUCAUGCCGACAUCUUCAAGCCGUCCUCGUCCCCUCCAGACCACGCAACCAACUACAUGGCAGCACUACAUUCACGCUCGCAAGAUGCCUCACCACGACCCGCCACCGCAGAUCCACCCGCAAGGCCUUCGCCAAUUGUACAGCAUUCCAGCGGGUCCUCGUCAUCUUCGAAGGAGGCACUGGAUAGCGACACCCAAGAGGACUAUAACAAGACACCACUUGCGACGGGCCGUCGUAACACGACUUCGUCGGCUGGGUCCAGUACUUUCUCGGAUGAACGGGGCAAUGUCUCAACUCCGGCGUCGAUCAAGGAGUCUGUCAAAAGCCAGACCGGAUCCCUAGGGCGGAACUUUUUCAUGCGGCGUGAAAACUCGGAGAUGUCAGUGUCGGAUGCCUCAGUCAAUAGCGACUCGUCUCAAAAGCGAAACACUCUGGCUGCUGUCACGAAUGCGGCUGCCCAAGCAAGGCAGUGGGGAUGGAACGCUAUCCAGCGACAAAAGGAAGCACGACGCCAAGCUGAACAGGCCAACCACGUCGACCUGAGUCAACCGAUGGGUCGCGGCCAGCCUCUGCCUCCCCCCGGAACACCACUCCCACGGCCCACGAAUGGGAUGACCAAGAUCUCAGCCCCUGUUCCAGUCCCGGCCAGAAGGCCAGGGAGUGGCCAACCAUCGGCUAGGACUUCUGUUGAGUCUCUCGAGUCUCACCACGAGCAUCGGCCUCCACCACUGCCUUCACUGCCUCAGCGGAGACGACGCGGUCAAAGCCAUGACUUUGGCGCUGUCCCAGAAGUGAGCGAAGGGCCGAAUAUUCUCGUCGUCGCGGCCCCCAGCGACUCCCAACCAAACACGCCACUGACUGAGGACCAACCGUCCUGGACGGGCGAGUCUAGCGAUGGUCAAACCUUGGCGGGCAGCGAGCCGUCUAGGCAGGUAUCAGAUCUCACUCAAGCGUCUUCCAUCGGCGAGAAGGAUGAGGAUGGUUCACAUAGCCCGAUAGAGGCCCUCCCAGCCUCGUCCACUCCGGACGAUGACGACGAUGACUACUCGGGGUGGAUGGACAACGACGUGCUGGAAGUGGAGAUUAAGGAACCAAUCCCAGCACCGCUUCUGCAGGAAGUCAAGUAGCAAUAGACGCGAGGGUAAUCUUUUGGGAACGGAGUUCUAGGCCAAGCCAAGCUCAUGUUGGGGAGCACCCAAUCCCGAGCAGAAAUAAACAUGUCAGCGGUCGCGACCUGCGGUGCUAGGAAUACCAGACAAAGUGGCGUUUUGGUUAUGGAAGGGCUAGCCGGAUGGCCAGUAAGACAAUAAUGUACAAAGCAGGGGGACUGAAUACAAGUUGGUGUUGCUGGUACCC